GGAGAGACUCGAGACAACAAACAAGCACGCAGGCAAUAAAGAUGAGACAAUACGAUUUCAUCCUGUGAUAUGAUGCAGGAAACCACCUAAACAUUAACCCCACUGCAGGAGUGGAAGCAGUUUAAGAGCGAAAAGGCGAAAGGCACCAGACCUCUCCUCUUCUGUAGUGUCUUACCAGCACACAGUUCAGGACUGCAGGAGAGAUGUCAAAGUCAUUUCCACGCCUGGGUCGACCGAGCUCAGCAGAUUCAAAGAGUCCCAGUUCAAGAAAGGAAUUGCAAGGUAACAGCUCAUGCAUGCUGCGCAUUGGAGAGAGGCUGAUGAGAGCCGGCAGUGAAGGAAACCUGCUCCAAAAACCACAGCCGUCACAGAGCAGGAACCAGGCAUCCUCUAUGGCAUCUGGAAUAAUCUGGAAGUCUCAACCUGUGGAGGUCCGAGGGGCUGGGAAACACCUUACGAAAAAAGACCUCAAUAAAAGCUCAUUUGGAAAGUCGACUUCCUCAGCCACCUUCAUCAGUCCUCGGCUGCAGAGGAAACAUCACAUUGACAACAGCCAAAUCUAUGACCAAUGCAUAACCUUUCAAUCGCCUCAAGGCUCCUGCAGCACUUUGCCUCGAAAUUUCACUGCCAACUGCAGCAGUGAGAGUGAGCUGGACAGGCUGAUCAUGCAACAUGCUUUGGUGGAACGGAAGAAGGAGGUGAUCCUGGACCAUCUACGGCAAAAGUAUCCACACCAUGCGGCCAUAGUCACAGACCACCGGGUACGGAUGAGGGACCAGGAAAGAAAGACAGGGGAAGCCAGUGCCUGUCCCAGUUUCCUGGGUUCCACAGGAAUCAUGGCUGAAACAAAUCUGCUUCCCAGUUCUGCACCCUUUACUCGAGGCAGUAAAGUGAGAGCAAGUCUGCCUGUCAGUCGCACGUCUGGUCCAACAGGGGUGCUGUAUUUGCAAUACGGAGACGAGACCAAGCAAGUGCGGAUGCCUGGUGAGAUCAGCAGCAUGGACACGCUAAGAGCAAUGUUUGUCACCGCCUUCCCUCAGCUGCUCACUAUGAAGGAUCUACGGUCACACAACACAGCCAUCUACAUGAAAGACCCCAGCCGCAACGUUUACUUUGACCUCGAUGACAUCAGAAAUAUCACCUCUCAUUCCUGCUUGAAGCUCUAUCACAGAGAUGCAACUCAGCUUGUCAGCCUGGUCCACUCCGAGGCACGGAUAUCCAAGGAGGUCCUGUAUGGAAACCAUAGUCCUGUCCACAGAGGUUCACCAUCUAGUCGUAUUUCUCUGCAAAGCUUGCAGGGCUCCAUGUCUCCACCCAUGGUUCGCUCCAUGCCGUCCUCUCCCUCCAGAAUAGCAUAUGGUGGUAAGGGCACACGAGCAAGGGGGGAUGCAGUCUGUGCCACAGUAUCAAGGGAACGGCUAUUCUCAUCAAAGCGCUCUGGCAGCCUGUGCAGCAGCAGCAGUGCCAUCCUGGAGAGAAGAGAUGUCAUGCCAGAUGAGGACAUGGCCCGGGUGGUGCUUAGCGAAAGAGGGCCACACUACCCAGGUUCCCUCUGCCUCUCCCAACACGAUGAAGGAGGUUCCAUCAACAUCUCCUCCUCCCGCUGCAGUGCCCCUCCCUCAAUUUCUUCACACCUUUUGGAUAAUGGGAUUCCUGUUGGCCUAAGGCAGUACCGCGCUUCUGUGAAACCACUGUUGGGCUAUGGAGACACCGUUGAGCAACAGACUAGAUCCCCCAACAGUUCAGUGAGACAAAGCAGUAGUGUUGCCAUGAUGGAAAUUAUGAGUGGGAGCAGAGGAAAUGGCUCGACAUCAUCUACCUCAUCCGUGUUUACGGACAGUCCUUUCUCACAAUCUGCAGGUCAUAUGAUACCUAUUAAUGCACAAAGCGAAAGAAUGAAAGCCAUGGAGGAGCAGAUUGCCGGUUUGGCAGGCUUAGUUCACCAGGCCCUGUCUGCAGGAGUUGAUAUCUCAGAGAUCAAAGAUCUGAGAAGUGACAUCACAGGAAAUAGUCAAUCCGAUUGCUUACUGGCUGAAGACGUCUUCAGCACCCCCAGUUCAGCCCCUCCCUCUCUGAUGUCACCACCGUCUAGUAUGGCAAUGCAACAGAACAUGGCAUCACUGACAAGAAACUUGGCUGAACUGCGACUACAACUCAUCGAGCUCCGACACUUGCAGCUGAAGAACUACCAGGCAGUGAGCUCAAUGCUGAGAAUGGCGGGUCAAGAACUGGUGCUCACCAUGUGUGAUCGACUGGCUCAGUCGGAGGAGGCCAUAUACAGCCGCAGGGCAAAAAUGGAGGAAGAGAGGAUUCACUACCAGGCUGCUCAGGAGAGAAUUCUGCGGCAGCUCAGUGAAUUAGAAGAAUAUGUGGCACAUAUGCAGGCAACCACCUCCAAUUCUGGUCAGCUGUCCAUCUCUCUGAGAGAUGUGGAGGAGGGAGCAAUCAACCUCAGGCGGGUUGGAGAGGAGCUGGCUGUUAUCAAAGGUGAAUUUCCAGAACUGCAAAUGAAGAUGCGGUCAGUGCUGCGACCAGAGCUGGAAGCGGUAAGGUUCCUGAAGGAAGAGCCCUUAAAGAUGGAUUCCAUGUUAAAGAGGGUCAAAGUCCUGACUGAAACUCUCAGCUUACUCCGCAGGUGUGUGACUGAAUCUCGCCCCCUGCCCAGAUCAGUCCAUGCCGACAUAUGUCUGGGGCCACAGAAGAGUCCUGACAGCUCCCCUAAGCCUCAUCCCAGAUCUUCAGUGCGGACCAGCUCUACCUUUGAGCAUGACCAGUCAGCCUCUCACAUUAUUACUCAAAGAAUGAAGAUGCCGUCCAGUGGCGAAAGCUCCCCACCAACACCCAGGCAUGGGCAUGACUUGACCCCGGUGGCAACGGUGAUGGAGAGAGAAGCACCGGAGGGGAGUCAGAAUGGAGACCCCAACACCGUGAACCAAAACCUCUUAAAUUUGGAGGCCCAUGCCCAGAUGUCCAGUGCAGGAGAGGAUACACCUUUGGAGCGAGCACAUCAAGUCUCAGUAUUACAGCAUGACCAGCCUCAACAGCAGAAUGUGGAUGAAGAUGUCAAAACACUUUCCCUCUCAGAAUCGUCCUCAGCCUCUACGUCCUCUGAGCUUCAAAGUUCAGUAGAGAAGCCCGUUUGUUCCACAGUGGACAAAAAACUCCCACCAAGUCAAGAUGGAGGGUGCAAAUCCCUGGUACCGCCCCCAAGAAAGCUGAAAGCUGCCACUUUGGUUAGAAGCGAGAAAAGACCUGGAGAAUCCAUCUUGGCUGGAAAACAGGAGGACCAAAGGCAACCUGUGGCAGCCCAGCCCAAACCUCCACGACACCCACCUGAGGUCAAGCCUAAACCAAAGAGGUAUCCUCGAGCUCUACUGGACACUACUUCAGGCUCGGUUCAAAACGACUCAGGAGACACAAAGACAGACAAGCAGGUGACUCAUGACACUUUGAAACAUUUUCCCGGGAAAAACAUUCAAGUUAAUCAACACAACGGAGGAUCUCCGCCAUCACAGUGUGUGAAUCACUAUUGCAUCGUCACUGAACCUGUGGAAGUCACUUCUGCGCAGAGUAUGGGGAAGAACAAAAGUGGGGAUUAUGGGCUUCCAUUUGUGGCGAACCAGAGACCUGAGGAGAAGUUAUCGGUGAGGAGUUUGCCCACAGUUCUUACCUUGCCUAAAGACAAUGAUAAAGAUAUAUCUGUGAGUCCAGAGCAAGGUUUUACUUGGCCAGACUCCUCUUUCCAUGGCUCAGCAAGCAUCCACAGCAGAGGGCCGAUCAAAGAUGACCUUUUAUCUGUGAACAAGGUUCCAUCCCCAGAUGGAGCAGGACGUUUGAGCGCUGAUGCUACCAGUGAUGAUAGUCCUCCUCCGCCGAGUGAAAUUAACCAUUGUUUGUCACCAACCAGACCCAAGCCUGAAAACACAGACAAUGAAUCUGACAUUGUCACUGAUAGUGUGGACUCGUCUACUUACUUGGCCUAUGAGAACCUGGGCUUUGAGCUAAAUGAUGAUAAUUCACCUAUUGUUGUUAUCUUAGAAGAGCCCAUGGAUGUCCACCUAGAGAACCAAUGUCUGUCCACCAUCUAUGAAUGUGAAGAGGAGGAUCAUGUAAAGGGGGAUGAAAAUAUGCUUCCAAUUGUUAAAGAGUUUACAGGGAAUUCGCCUAUAGAUAUACUUGAUUCCACUCUUGACUUGAAGCCAAAGCCGAAACGAAAAUUCAAAUUCAAAUUUCCCCAAAAGAAGCUUGCUGCGAUUAGGCAGGCCAUUCGAUGGUCAUCAAAAUCCGGUAAAAAGACUGAUGUGGUCUGUGAUAAAGAGGAGAAGGUGGAGGUUAAGAAACAUGGUGCAGAAUGCAAAACCAGGAGUACAGAUGAUCGCAAAGGUUUUGGAAACACAAGUGAGAGAAUCCCAGGGGUUAUGGACAUCCAUCAAUCCUCGACAAAGUGUGAUCAUAAGACCUGCAAAAGCACACAUGAGUCCGCCGCUAGUCUGGAAGAAUCCAUGAAACAACUGGAUCUGGGUGUGGAGAGUAUUGCAGUCCCUCACCACACGCCCAACGUCCGGUCACCUCCAGUCUCCCCCAGUUCCAUAUCACACUACAGAGAUGAAACUGUGCUCAAAGGCAGUAUCAAACGGGACCGUGAGAGGAGCCUGUCAAAAAGACCUGUACCUCCAAUCGUCAUGGCGCAAACUCCACCCGCGAGCAAAAGAGCCAAGCCACAGCCUGCCCAACAGUCAGGAAAACCAUCUGAGAAGAAACAGACACCAGGGGGCAGCAUCAGCUCAUCGGCUACAAACACAAGCCAGCAGUAGGUGAACCUGACGCAGCUCUGUCAACUGUGAGUCAUAUCCCUGGAAAGCAGCCUUCGAUCUCAGUCUCCACCCUACACUUCAUUGGCGCUGCAGACCUUCUGCUCCUCCUCCUUCUCAAGGAAACUCUUCUUCUCAUCUCUAAAUCAGACUGUGCUCCAAGCUCCUUCUCUUCUCCUCCUCCUCCUCAUCUCGCUUGCGAACCAUCAUUAAUCCCAUCUGAUUUGUCUAUUUCCUUGGUCCAGACGUAGCAUGUUGCCCGAGUGGAGGAGGCAACAGAAGCUCCCACCAGCGCCAGACUUCGACUCGUCGGCCCUCUUCUUAUUUGAUCCUCUCUCUGGAGGUAGUUUUAUAAAUGUGGUCUGCUCUGUGGUGUUGACCUUAGUAUCACUGUGCAAUUUCUGAUCCAUUGUGGAAGUUGAUGUCUAUAGUGUUUCUUUCCAGACUGAGAAGUGCUCAGUUGACUGCACAUGAACAGCACCACACGUGUCAAUCACUGUGAUUCACUGGGAACUGUUCUUGUUAGUGAUGUCACCCCACGGUUUUUCAGUGCAGCUUGCCGUCCAGUGGCUGCAGUUGCACGGCUCGGGUCCUUUGUUGAAAAUGUGGUGACUAACCUCAGACAUCAUUGGUUCUCCCAGUCUAGAGUGGAGGGUGAGCAUGUGCAGGGCGGAACCGUGGUGAUGGACUUUCACCCAUCUACCAGUGAUGGCCAACUCUUUUAUCAUUUGGCCUCCACUUGAAGUCAACCAUAAGGCAUGGUUUUUAUCAUGAAGCUCCUCGCUUUACUAAACUUCCUGUCCCUUAGGAUUAAGUUGCUUGUUUUUAUACCUAAUUUAAACCAACAAUUACUCGGCCACAGAAGCGUUGAAGAUGUCAAGUAUACAUACCGCAUCUUUGUCACUGUUAAUGAAUUUUAUUAAACCCUCUGUAAUACAUGUUGUGAAAUGGCUGGCAAGCACCUCCUUCCUUCUUUGUCCUUCAAGCCUCAGUUUACAUUCUAUGAUACCAAGUUGCUCUUCUCAUUCUACCUGUCCAGAUUUCAAAUGUAAUUUCCCACUAGAUAUUUAUGUAGCAUUCUGUUCUGUGAUGAAGCUGCAUGGCUACAGGAGACUGUCAAGGCAUGUAUGUGUGUCAUGGUCGUGUAUGAUGAGAUGAGACAGCGCUGCACUCUCAGGAGCUCUGGAACACUCACUGAGACUUUGCUGUGAAUGAUAACUAUCAUGUGUCUUCUUGCACCAACCAUAGUGGAGCAUAUCAGCUCUGAAAAUGGGAUAAGGUGAGAAAGGACUAGGAAAGCACUCCGAGCAGAGACACCUCCGCCAAGCCGACUGGAAUUUUUUCACCUCGCACUGUAGUCCGAUUUGUUUUAGCAAUCAAAUACCUUCUGCAACACCAACGAAAAAUGGAAUGAACUGAAAAAAAAAACUGACUCGUGAUGAUUUAAAAUUCCUGUAUAGGUCUGUAACUGUAGUUUGAGUUUCCAACAGUCUGCCAAAACAAAACCUCCUUCAGGGACAUAUUAGAGGUGGGCCACAGGAAGUUCAGGAACACACACACACACACACACACACACACACAGUCAUCUCUGUAACACACACUGGAGCUUUCGGAGUCGCUACCGUAACAACUAGACCCUUUUUUUCGCGGGAUGGCGAGGUGGGUGUAUGUAGAUCGCGCGCUAGCGUGACGCCAGCUUCUGACGCGUCCUACUCAGAGUCUGUCCAUAACUUGUUCAGUGACGUUUCACCUAGUCAGACAUUGAAAUGCAAAUCUAACCUUUAAACCAGUAGAUAUCCUCAGUGAGUCAGAAGUCGCGCUGACAUAGCUACAGCAUACAUUGCAUGAGAUGUACCAAUAUCAAGCAGUGGGAGUUUUUGACAUAAGAAAUGAAAAGAAGAAGUAUAUCUGACUGUUUGGCUGACCUAUUUUUGUAUAUUUCGUUUUCUAUGUGUUUAUUUGCUUUUACUCUGCUUGUAUUUUGUUGUCUAAAGAGUGUUGUGUAUAUUUUGACCAAUGACUAACGUCAAAAUGAACAUAAAACAUUGAUCAAAUGAAUGGAGUGAUUGCUUAAAGUGGUUUUGAGUGCCCUCUGGUGGUUGAACUUCUAUUCUUUUUCAUACUAGUUGGGAAUCAUCCCUGCAGAAAAACACAGGGCCACACUACCACCACCUCGGCCCACAGCACCUGACAACUUCAUUGUGCUCUGGGGCCCGCUCUCUUGGACGCACACCUCACUUUCACCUUGGUUUCCUUCCACUUCGAUCCGUGACACACAGUCAAAU